AUGUCUGGCCAAGCUACCGACGUGUCGGUGUACAAGUUCAACCACACUAUGUUCCGAAUCAAGGACCCCAAGGUCUCGAUCCCGUUCUACGAGAACGUUCUGGGUAUGGAGAAGUUCAAGGAGAGCGCCGGGUCGGACUUUACAAACUUCUUUUUGGCGUUCCCGAACGGCUGGCCGACCGAGGGGCUUAGCGCAAAGGAGAAGGAGGAGGCGUUCGGGAAGCGGGAGGGCGUGCUCGAGUUGUGCUGGAACCACGGGACUGAAUCCGAUGACAGCUUCAAGGGCUACGCAUCGGGCAACGAUGAGCCCGGACGUGGGUUCGGCCACAUCGCCAUCACGGUGGACAACCUCGAGGCUGCCGUGAAGCGCUUCGACGACUUGAAGGUCAAGUUCAAGAAGAGGCCCGAGGAUGGGCGGAUGAAGAGCAUCGCCUUCAUCUACGACCCGGAUGGAUACUGGAUCGAGGUGCUCGAGCAGAACAAGAAGGUGGAGCACAAGUGA